AUGCCCUUCUAUUCUUUUUUACUUAGACCUCUUGCCAGGAAAGUGUUUGGCGACGUCGAGAUUGGGAGCGCGGCUGAAGAUCCUUACUUUGAGGAGGUUCAAUUUGAGAAAAGGUCGUUUUGGUCAGGAAGUACAAAGCUAGUUAGGCGCAGGAGGGAUAAGAGUAUCCCAAAUUUCGUGCCAGAGCUUGACCGAAAGAUUUUGAAAAGAAUUCGCAAGCGUGCUUAUAGAUUGGACAUGAUGUUCCAUUUAUUUGGUAUUCGUUUCGGUUGGAUCGGCAUCAUCGGCUUGCUUCCUUUGAUUGGAGACAUGCUCGUCUUAUGGUUAUCAUUAACCGUCCUGCGCGAAGCGCAAACGAUAACGGGCGGGCUACCCCCUGCGGUUUCGGCAGAGAUGGUGUUUAACAUUGCGAUCGACUUCGGUCUGGGACUUAUACCCCUCGUGGGUGACCUCGUGAGCGUGUAUUACAAGGCGAACUCUCGUAACACGCUGUUGCUAGAGCACUACUUGACGAAAAAGUACCGCAUCCCGGGCAGUGUGGCAGCAGUAGACGUAGCAGCCGGCAAGAAGCAUCCGUAG